UUAGCCUGCCGCACACAGAGUAAUUAGUUUUGCUGCGAUUCGAAAUUUGAAUUGCAGAUGAACGGUCUUGCAACGUCGCAGAUGUAAUGUCAAUUAAAGUUGCCAGGUCAUAUCAGAUACGAAGAUCCACGUUACCACCACCAAGCCACACCAAUACAGCCAUUCAUCCAUUUUCUGAGCCGAUUAUCCUCACAAGGGUCGCGGGAGUGCUGGAGCCUAUCCCCGCUAUCAUCGGGCAGGAGGCGGGGUCCACCCUGAACUGGUUGCCAGCCAAUCGCAGCGUACCAAUACAGUAAAUACAGAAUAAAUAUUGUUUUUAAAAUAAUACUGAAUUAUAGUUCUAAUUUCAUAGGUACCUGUGGCUAAAAAGCUAAGCGUGGAGAGUCUGUGUCGCAGAAAUGCAAAAAUGCAGUCAGUGAAUGGGGUGGAAAUUGACCACACCCUCUCAAAUUUCCACACACUGUCCUUUAUUUCGCUUUUUAUUGUACAUAGCUACAGCGGCCAGGGCAAUCCACUUCUUCCGUGUCAAAUACGCCAUGUUGUUUGUGGUUAAAUAAAAAGUAAUACAGUGCAGUAUACAAUGGGUAUGGAAAUUAUUCAGACCCCCUUACAUUUGUCCCUCUUUGUUAUAUUGCAGCCAUUUGGUAAAAUAAUUUAAGUUCAUUUUUUUCGUCAUAAUGUACACACAUAUUGACAGAAAAAAAACAGAAUUUUGAAAUUUUUGCAGAUUUAUUAAAAAAGAAAAACUGAAAUAUCACACAGCCAUAAGUAUUCAGACCCUUUGGUCAGUAUUUAGUAGAAGCACCCUUUAGCGCUAAUACAGCCAUGAGUCUUUUUGGAAAUGAUGAGUUUUUCACACCUGGCUUUGGGGAUCGUCUGCCAUUCCUCCUUGCAGAUCCUCUCCAGUUCUGUCAGCUUGGAUGAUGAACGUUUGUGGACAGCCAUUUUUAGGACCCUCCAGAGAUGCACAGUUGGGUUUAAGUCAGGGCUCUGGCUGGGCCAUUCAAGAACAGUCAGGGAGUUGUUCUGAAGCCACUCCAUUAUUUUAGCUGUGUGCUUGGGGUCAUUGUUGGAAGGUGAACCUUCGGCCAAGUCUGAGGUCCUGAGCACUCUGGAGAAGGUUUUCAUCCAGGAUAUCCCUGUACUUGGCUGCAUUCAUCUUUCCUUCAAUUGCAACCAUCAUCCUUUCCUUGCAUAUGAAAAACACCCCCACAGCAUGAUGCUGCCGCCACCAUGCUUCACUGUUGGGACUGUGAUGAGCAGUGCCUGGUUUUCUCCACACGUACCGCUUAGAAUUGAGGCUAAAAAGUUCUAUUUUGGUCUCAUCACAACAGAGAAUCUUAUUUCUCACCAUCUUGGAGUCCUUCAGGUGUUUUUUUUUUUUUCUUUUUUAAAGCAAACUCCAUGCUGGCUUUCGUGUGUCUUGCACUGAGGAGAGGCUUUCGUUGGGCCACUCUGCCAUAAAGCCCUGACUGGUGGAGGGCUGCAGUGAUGGUUGACUUCCUAGAACCUUCUCACAUCUCCUGACUGCAUUGCUGGAGCUCAGCCCCAGUGAUCUUUGGGUUCUUCUUUACCUCUCUCACCAAGGCUCUUCUCCCCCGAUUGCUCAGUUUGGCUGGACGGCCAGCUCUAGGAAGGGUUCUGGUCGUCCCAAACAUCUUCAAUUUAAGGAUUAUGGAGGCCACUGUGCUCUUAGGAACCUUAAGUGCAGCAGAAUUUUUUUUUUUGGUAACAUUGGCCAGAUCUGUGCCUUGCCACAAUUCUGUCUCUUAGCUCUUCAGGCAGUUCCUUUGACCUCAUAAUUCUCAAUUGCUCUGACAUGCACUGUGAGCUGUAAGGUCUGAUAUAGACAGGUGUGUGGCUUUCCUAAUCAAAUCCAAUCAUCCAUCCAUUUUCAACACCGCUUAUCCUGGUAAGGGUCGCGGGGCGCUGGAGCCUAUCCCAGCUAACUUCGGGCGAAAGGCAGACUACACCCUGAACUGGUCGCCGCACCAAAGUCAGGCGAGUGUACCACUACACUAUCAGUGACCUCAGAUCCAAUCAGUAUAAUGAAACACAGCUGGACUCCAAUCAAGGUGUAGGACCGUCUCCAGGAUGAGCAGAAGAAAUUGACAGCACCAGAGUUAAAUGAGUGUCACAGCAACUGGUCUAAAUACUUAUACCUGCGUGAUAGUUCAGUUUUUCUUUUUUAAUAAAUCUGCAAAAAUGUCAACAGUUCUGUUUUUUUCUGUCAAUAUGAGGUGCUGUGUGUACAUUGAGGAAAAAAAUUACUUAAUGAUUUUAGCAAAUUGGCUGCAAAAUAAAGAGUGAACAUUUUAAGGGGGUCUGAAUACUUUCCGUACCCACUGUAUGUGGAGGCUCAAAAGGUUAAGAACACAACCGAUUGCAGUAUUGUGUGCAGUAGUGUCAAAUGCGUGGGGUGCGGGUGUGAGUCGUUGACUGUAAUUUGAUGGCGAUUGUGCAGUCCAGUCGCUGAGCAGCGUUGUGCAGCAGGCCAUAUAAUCUGGAAAAAGGACAAGUCUGUUGCACAAUUUAAACUCACCAGCAGCUAUGUUUAGUGUUCUGACUAAGCAAGUCAAGUUGAGGAGGGAGGUGGGGCUCAGGUGUCAAGGUGAGCAUGUGGGCACAGAUCUUGGUGUGAACCCAAUUGGACCUUGAGCUGACACCAUGUUGACUCGAGGCUUCAGCUCAACUGCACAAUGUAACCAAAUCGGGACAGCACUGCCUGUAAGUGCUACUUCUAAAAUGAAACACAGAAAAGUGUAACUUCCACACAGUGGCUAAAAUGAUGUGUCAUCCAUCUGGCACUGAGUUCCUGUCGACUGCGUUAUUUCACUCUCCUGUGACUUAUGACAUCCCUGAGACUAUAUUUAACACGUAUGAGGCUGUUAAUUUUCAGUUGGGCGUGAUUUUUGCACCUUCCUUCGGCACCUUGUGAUUUUCUUCCAACACAACACAUUCACGCUCUUCACUACCUCAUCCCUCAUCUGCUCAAUUCCCCCCACCUUCCCAGCCUUUCUUUUUUACCCCUUCUCUAUAAUUGGUUUCUAUUUUCAGGCAGCCAUAAGAGUCUCUGUGUCUUGUGUUUGUGUCUCGCACCCCAUUUUCCGACUGUCCUCCAUCGUCACCCUCUCCUGUUAUCGCUCUCCAUCUUACUGUCUCCGUGUACAGCCACUCCUACCAGUCUCUGAAUCCUGUUUCAUUUUAGCACAACCUCAUAUUACCCCUUUUAUCUUUUAUGUAUGACUAUUAAAUAUGAUUAACGGUACACUGAAGACCAAAAUUGCAAAAUAUCGAUGGGUGAAGUAAUGCAAAGCAGAGUAAACUGAGGUGAAUAGCUCUCAUGACCUAAUUCAGGUAGUCUGGGUUGUGCAGUCAGCUGACAGUGGAGGAUAUAUUUAGUCGACAGCAAAAAAAAAUUGUUUUUAGAAAGAAUGAACAACAGAGUUUAAUACUUGCGUGUACGCAAGCAAGGUAUGUCAUACAGCUUUAUGAUCACGUGACUGCUAAAAGUGCCAAUAUAGACAAUAUUAAAAGGGGAGUGGAAAUGAAAACUUGAGGGAGGGACACAUGGUGUAGGCCUUGGUUGGCUGAUGAACGUCUCUUGAGAGGAAGCAUGUGUUUAAAAGACCCAAAAAGACUUGGAGAGAAAGGAUGAGAGACUGUCAGCUAAUUUUCACAAGUGAGUGGAGGAAAAUGGGGAUAUCUCAUCAGAGCAAAAAAAACUCACCAGGAAGGCCUGGAAGCUGCAAAGCUACAAGCCAAACAUCACAGAGACGCCUCGCGCCCGUUCGGACUCCACGCAUCCGACCGCUGCCACCUCGAAAUGCUCUUUCGCGCAAGCAGCACGCUCACGCCGCGCAGACACGCAAGGUGCCCUUGCACGUGACACAGGCGCGCAGGGCGAGCACACAGCUGGCACACGGGUGGCUGACGCCGGCGUGCGACUGGCAGACGGCACAGGGUGCUCACUCGGGUUGCACCUUCUACUGCUAUUUCUGCUACUGCUGUUACUACUGCUGCCUCACAUUGCUCUCCUUCUCUCUCCUCCUCCUCCUAUCUCCUGCUCCACAUGCUCCACCCUCUGACUCCUUCUCCAACCUGCCUCCCGCUUCCUCUUCCCCCCUCCCGACGACAACUUCCUGUGUGGAUGACAAUUCGAUCCAUCCUGACCUCAACCUGACUGUUUCGGCCGUGUCUCCCUGCUGCCCUCUGUCAUCCUGCCUCACCUCUGAUGUCUCUGUCUCUACCUCAUCUCCUGAACUACUCACCCUCUUUUGCCCUAACACCUCUCCUGCUUCCUCUUCUGACUCCUUCUGUUUCCAUCGCCAUGUCCUUUGCCGGCCGUGGCCAUCGUCUCGUUCUCUUUCUUCCCUGCUCCUCUGCCCUCCCAGCUUUGGGGAUCCAGUCUUAUCCUACACAUCCACUCUGGAACACAUCCCCUCUGGGCCGACCCGCCCUCGGACGCUGCUACGCCAGCAGAGUCUCCAACAGCCCCUCAUGAACCCGCCGGGCUCUGGAUUUGGUCAUCCACCCACCACAUCCCAGAGUUUGGGACAGUUACACACAGCACCUGGACAGCCCGGGGGAGGCGGGGCUGCUGGGAGAGGAGAGGCAGGUGGUGGUGGCGGUGGUGAGGGUGGGGGUGCAGGUAAAAGAGCUGUUCCACGGGCCACACGGGGCAACGCUGCAGGUGCAGGUGCCUCUCGCUAUAGAGGAGGUGGCCCAGGAGGGCGCUCGCGUGCCAAUCCUGGCAGUUGGGAUUACAUGAUGGACCAGAUCCGGAAUCGGGGCCUUGAUGUCAAAUCCUUCCUUGAAGGGAAGCUGGUGGUCCUGUCUUUGGCCAUCGGUGUGGCCGAGCAAGACGACUUUGCCAAUAUCCCUGACCUGCAAGAAACACAGCAGGCAGUCCCAGCAGCCAGUCAGGAUCCCCCCCUCGAGAAGAGGGGCAACAAGCCAGCCAACAGUCCCAAAGGCCAACCCCCUGAUGCCGACGGUCACUCCUCCGUAACCGACCUGGCAAACUCCCUCACUGGAGACAUGGUGAUGUUGUCUCCAGGUUCAGAGGAUGAUGACGGCGAGGGGCCUAUCAGUGAGAAGCUGGGUCGGAUCCAGUUCAGUAUAGGCUACAGCUUCCAGAACACAACCCUUACUGUCAAAGUUCUCAGGGGCCAGGAGCUGCCAGCCAAGGACUUCUCUGGUACUUCGGAUCCUUUUGUCAAAAUCUACCUGCUGCCUGAUAAGAAGCACAAGCUGGAGACCAAGGUCAAGAGGAAGAACCUCAACCCCCACUGGAAUGAAACCUUCCUGUUUGAGGGUUUCCCCUAUGAGAAGGUGAGAGAGCGCACACUUUACCUUCAGGUGCUGGACUACGACCGCUUCAGCAGGAAUGACCCCAUUGGAGAGGUCUCAAUCCCCCUGAACAAGGUGGAAUUGGGUCAGAUAAAGACCUUCUGGAAGGAGCUCAAGCCCUGCAGUGAUGGCAGUGGGAGACGAGGAGACUUGCUGCUGUCUCUAUGCUAUAAUCCCACUGCCAACACCAUCACUGUGAACAUAAUCAAAGCCCGUAAUCUCAAAGCCAUGGAUAUCGGGGGCACCUCAGAUCCAUACGUGAAGGUGUGGCUGAUGCACAAGGACAGGCGUGUAGAGAAGAAAAAGACAGUGACGAUGAAGCGCUGUCUCAAUCCCGUCUUCAACGAGUCCUUCCCCUUCGACGUUCCUGCUCAUGUGUUGAGGGAGACCACCAUCAUCAUCACUGUCAUGGACAAGGACAGACUCAGCCGCAAUGAUGUUAUCGGCAAGAUCUACCUGUCGUGGAAGAGUGGUCCAGCGGAGGUGAAGCACUGGAAAGACAUGCUCGCCCGGCCGCGUACCAACGUGGCCCAAUGGCAUGCUCUCAAGGCCUAACGGCACUGCCCACCUUCCUCCAUGGCCCCUCCUUUCCCCGCAACCCCUCUCCCUCCCAGUCCCGUCCUUAUGCACAAGACUGACUUGCUGCCAGGCUGCGAAACACGGGUACAAUUAGCCAUCUGCUCUCUUAAACCUUUAAACUCUCUCUUGUCCGAGUUCCUCCUCUCAUACGCUCCUGUCUGCAUUUCUGUUUCUCACCACUUCACCCUCUCCUGUUUUUGACUGCCCAUACGUUCUUCUACACUUUGUCUGUGGAGGGCUAAUGUUUUGUUUCUAUAUGCGGACCCCUUGGUCCUGAACUGCACUGCAGCCACUGACCCACUGAAGGUGCCAGUCCCGUGGGAUCACAGAGAAUCUUAAGUGAUACAUAAUAUAGUGUAUGAUCGUUCCAGUAACACAAUACUAUCCAGUAUGUACUGUAUGUACAUAAACAUUAAUAUAUUAGGCUUAUAGAUUGCCCCUCCCCCAUACAAAUAGGGUAUAUUAUCCACAGUUUAACUGUUGUUCUUUCCAUUCUUUUGUCUCCAAUGUACUGUAGCUUCCAUUAUUUUGUGCCCACCUUUUACUUACUGUAAGUGUGGUUUAAUGUCUGGUUUAAGUCGUAGAAAGCAAUCAAUACUUGGUUUGUAAUGAAACCAGCUGAGCUCAAGAUGGUAUUGUUGAUACUCGUGUCUCUCUCCUCUUUUCUCUUCUAUUCCCUCAUUUCCUCUUUAUUGUUCCCUCUUUCUUAUCCUCUGGCACAAUAUCAGUGGUCCCCUCCUCCCUACCAACUACCCCCAUCAAACAACAACCACCUUCCCCUUGUUGUCUGUGUGCUGUGGUUGCUGUGCUGUAGCUCCAAAUCAGAAUUAGAGGUUAAAAGAUAUACUGUAUAUGUACUGAACUUUCCAAAGCUGGGAAAGCGGAGACACGAUAAACUCAUGAGGCGGAUCACUCUUGAUUUUUCCAGCCAAUAAGCCCUUGACACAGAGAGAGAAAAAAGAAGACGUGGGAAAAAAAGAAACUGUAAAUCCGAGAUCCUACGAUGAUGUCAUUUUUCACAGCGAAAGAGGGAAACAAUUUCAAAUCUCCUUGCAACGAAGGUAACGCAACAUUGUGUGCUGAUUUGUGUGCAUGCCUUCCAAUGUGCGCGCUCACUUCAAUUUAUGUAUUGAGAAUAGGAAUUCUUCAUGCUGCUCUGUGCUCUCGGUUUGCCCUAUUGUACUGAAGAUCUCAGAGAACUGCUCCAUCUUCCCAACCUGUUUGCCUCUGUGGCGCAUCUGUGUUAUUGUAUGCCUGCUGGUGCAAGUGUGUUUAAGUGUGUGUGUGUGUGUGUGUGUUCGAGCAACACAACUGCCAUCGCAGCAGAAGUCUUCUCUUUUCUCUUUCUCUCUUCUUACUGCCAUUGCUUCCCCAUCCUCCUAUACUGCCCUGCCUUCUGAACGAGGGCGCGGGGAAGUUCUAUCUGCACUUUUUCAAAAUUUAAUAAUAAUAAUAACCUUGAGGUUGAGGAUGGUUUUGAUGAUGAUUAUAGUACUGGUGAAAAUGAAGGGAGGAGUGUGUUAAAGGAGAGAUUGGGGGAGAGGCUGCCUCUGCGCUGUGACUUGAGGUUGUUGAGGACGGAUGAAGGGCUCUCAUCCAUCCUCAUCCAUUCAAUUAAAUACAGGUCAAACAUGAUUUGCAAAUCCUCCUCUUUUUGUCUCGUUUUUUUUUUUUUUUUUUUUUUUUUUUUGUGAACAUUCACUAGCGUGGGUGUUUCCUGUUGGCAAGCUCCUGUGGUGAGAAAGGCGAGCUUGCUUUGGUUGUCAUGUGAAGGAGGCUUGCCGAGCACCAUUGUUAUGACACAAAGUGUAAAGCAUGGUCAGAGAUCCAAGCAAGAGACUGACAGUUUCUGUAUGUUGUUCGUGAUGCUGUAAGCAGUCCGACAGGAGUGGAUUCUGGCUUUGUUGCUGACCAAAAAAAAAAAAAAAAAAAAAAAAAAGGGUUAACCCUAACCCCAUAGCACUGUUUCGCACUCCGUGGGUGUGAUUUUUGAAGAUGGACUGAUCUGUGUCUGCGAGAUACUGGAGAACCAGAUAAUCUUUUCCCCGGGUGCUCGAGACCAGCACAGUGUUUCAGUGGCUGCCUGUUUUGUCAGCCGCAGUCAACUCAAAUUCCCUCACAGUAAAUAACACAGACAUCCUUGGACAGCAUGGAUACUUGCAGUCAUUUAAAGCUACUUGCUCAAAAGUGUUUUUACAGUACUAAAAGUCCCUUGAGCCCUAAUCUGCUCCACUAGUUGGGAUUUAUUUAAUUGGUAAGAUUUUAUGUUACAUUUUCUCAUAUAUCUAACGUCAUUCGAAGACAGUUAAAGACGCUGUAAAGUGAAUUUAUAGAUUUGCUUGUUUUCUUCUUCUCAAUUAUUACACUUGUUUGAAGAUAAUUGCAGACAAUGUGCAAAGACUGAGAAGUACUCAAUUGUGGAGGUAUAGCCUUAAACUGUUUUUCACCUUUUAUUUUUUUCCUGACUUUUUGGGUUUGUGGGCAUCCAGUAUGAGUCGCGCCUCCCCCAUAUAUAAGAACUUGAGCUCACCAAACGUAGUUGGACGACCGGUCGGCAGUCACAUUAUGUCCCGACCAAUGAGUGUACGUUGGCUUGGCGCUUAUUUUAUGAUUAUACUACACAGUAAGCGCGGCUCGACAUUAACGGUGGCCCAGGGUCCGUACACUGCCAUGUCGGUCCACCACUUACCUAUAGAUGCUGGUACAAAUUUCUAAGUGAUCCAAAAUGUUCAGCUACCGAAAACGGCCCAAAAGUAUAUUUUCGGUUUCGGACGUCAAGACUUUUAUCACCGCAACAACCCGGCUGACACAGGAUCUUGCGAUGACACAAGGAAAAACCGUGACUGACAUGCGCUUGAGUGUGUAGUAGUAGAGUUGGAAUGUCAGUGCUAAGUAAAUAUUUUAAUAAUUUUGUAAUUGAUUUAUUCUUUGAAGCAUUAAUAUUAAUUUGUGUAAUUGCGACGCCUUAAUUUGAGAGAGAUUAGCAAUAAUAGCCAUGAAUGCAAUUGUAGUAAUAAUUUCCUAAAGCGUCUUGAAUAAGGCAGUUUAUAGACACUAAAUAGUCACAACAACUGACUGUAUUAUAUCAUGAAUAUACCGGGCCAGUAUUAGUUUUGACAUUUCAGGCCACCACUCCAAAUGUCUGACAAUGGUAACGAUUCAAUUUUGAAGGUGAACCUCCUAACGUAAUUUUACAUCACCAUCGUUGUCAUAGUGCAUGUAUACACUGCUAUCCAAGUUAAUUGACAGUUAACAGUUGAGCAGUUGAUGCACACGCUAACUGUAUGGCUGUGCAUUAGAUGCCCAAGUUAGCGAGUGCGACAAGCAACAAAACUUAGGUUCAGCAUAAUGUCUGUCAUAAGAUAAACCUCAGGUUUAGCCUCAUCUGCACAAGAUUAGACCUCGAGUGUGCCGUUGGCCUGUUCAUGUGUGCUUUCCUUGGACAGAAUAGAACACACAGCUUGCUGAAGCCACUUGCUAGGCGAAAGAUAACGUGUGCCCUCAUUAGUAACCAUAAAGAUACUGGAAAAUAAUCACAACGCACAUUCCUUACGUGAAUGCGCAGGAGAUGUACUACCGCGGCUAUUUGUGCAAUUGUAAAGCAUCUUUCAGUGUCAUGAAAAGCGCUAUAUACUGUAAGUGUCGUGCUUUAGUAUUGUUACUUCAUUUCCCCAUGAUUGCAUGGUGCUCAAGGAGGAAUAAAUCACCACACUCGACCCAGUAAACUGACAAAAGAGGUGGCGUUAUUCUUAGCAACACGAGGCUUGUGUUUUGCUGCUGGUGCAGGCAAAAUGGAGGCAGUCAUGUUGCUCGGUGGCACAUUUAAAACUCACAGCACACCACGAAGUGCAAAUGUUGGAUAUCACUGUAUAGCCUUUGUUUGAACUAAAAUAUCCCUUGGGCAAAGACAGUUUGUGAUAAUGACCUGAUAUAAUGUUUUCCGUGAUUACAUCUAGCGUAAACUACAUGAAUAGUCAUGCACAAGGUUGCAAAGUGAAUAAACAUUUGAAUGUGCUUUGUAUGAUUAUUCAAAAAGUUGCAUAACAAACAUUCUCUCUUUGCCAGCAGCCCUAAAACCAGCACCAUUAGAAUGAAUGGUACAUUAAACAAUACAAAAUCGUUUUUAAAUCUGAGUUUUAUGUAACCACCGCCUGUCUCAUGCCUCUAAACUGUGAGAUAUGUGACCUUCCUUCAAAGGACCGCCAGUUUAUGAAUAAAGCGUGGCAAAGUUGCAGAUGCUCACUUUGUGUGUGUGUGUGCGUGUGUGUGUGUGUGUGUGUGUGUGUGUAGUUGCUCAGCUUGUUAACAGGCUUAGUUCUGUCCUUCGUCAUUACUCUUUGGCCAGGCGGAGUCAACUUGCAGGUGUUAGGAAUUAUUACCACUGACAAGCCAACAAUGGAAAUUGAAAUUUGAAAGUAAAAUUGAAAUGUUACAACCAAGAUGAUUUUCUGUGAACUUUUCCCUUAUAUGCUUUUAUAAUCCAGUGUCUAUUUGCAUUAUGUGACUAAAAAUAUUGAGACCUCUUAGUUUACAUUCUCCUAAAACUUUAAAUGAUUCAGCUAGAAAUGCAUGGUCUUAGUGAAGCAGUGCAUCCCACCAGGCAUCCUCCAUUUAUAUAUAACACUGAACAGGAAUUUGUCCCACUAAAUAGAAAAAUGUAAUCCAAUAUUAAGGUGCUAAACUCGGUCAGUAACAUUUUCCAUUAUUUUUUUUUUUCUUUUAUAUAUAUAUAUAUAAACACCAACCAGCUCCAACACUUGCACAAUCUAAUGAGAUCCAAACUUCUUUCUUGACAGAGAUAAGAAUGAUUUAGUACAACAAUUGUAGUGUCUACAAAGCUCCUGGCUUUAACUUUGCUUCAGCUUUUGUGCUGACACACUGAGUGUGAACAUGAUUGCCUGCGAAAGAUUGGACGCACUGGGUCCGAGCGCCGCUGCCUUGCUACGUGCUGCGCGUGGGGACACACCGUGGCAGAGACACUGUCGCCCAAAUAACACAAAACACAUUACGCGCCAGGGAAGAUGUGUUUUGUUGAGUUGUAGGCAUACUUUGAUGGCUAACUGGACGCUGCAGUGGUAAAACUGGGCCAAGUUAUUAUGACUAAGGAAGUAGGAAUUACGCCGAAUGGCCCCUGCAUGAAAUAAGGGCGCUUGGUGAUUAUAUUGUGGGGGAGGGGUGACUCAUGCUGUUUCCUGGUUGCAUCAGUGUGCCCCCAUUUUAGCCCCGCCCAAAAACAAUCCAGACAACUGACAUGGUGAAAAAACAGUUUAAUGGUGUAUCUCAAAAAUGCAGACAUAAAUUGUUCUCAGUGUUUGCAUAAGUUUUCAGCACUUACCUUCAAAUAUAUGUAUCGUAUUUAGAAUUUAAAAAACAUGAAAAUUACUUAAUUGGGUCUUUAGGACAGUCAUUUGGUCUUUAACAUUAAAUAUCGUAACUGCAAGUCAAUACAAUUUCAAAGAAAUAUACCAUGUAGCUUUUUCAUGAUCUGGCUAGUUUACCUUGUAUCAAAUAAAUAACCAAGUUAUCCCUGUGGGCCUGAUGAUAUUGUUUGUCCUUGACACACCACACCCUUCCUUAUUGUAUAAUGCAAGUUUUCCCCUGAUGGAUGUGGCGCCCGUGACUCACUUCUUUGUAAAGGUGCCUGCUCUGCUGUAGUUGCGCAAUAUUAAAUUAAAGCUACACUGCGCGGAACGUGUGUGGAUUGAAAUGAGGCUGCUGUGGUGUCAUUGGGGAGGGUGUGCAUGUGCAGGUGAUAUUCUGCUGAAUCAGUGUAAUGCCUAGUUGUUAUCGUUUUGGGUCUCUUUUGUCACUUCCCCGAGUUUGUGAGUCGCACCUUGUUGCAGGCAGACUCCGUCUCCACCCCAAACUCACCUUUUGACUUGUCUGAAGCAUUUGUCAAAACCAGUAUGACUUCUCCCAAUCAGGUUUAAGUAAGUGUUGUUUGAAUUGUAACAAUAAUGAGAAAUUCGACAUUUUUUUUCUUUUUCUUCACAUUUGAUUGUUGGUCAGUAUGUGUGUGCAUUGGUGUUCUUGUGUUGGUUUUAUUUCUUUACAACCGUGAUACUAAAAUCCUUCUGUUUUUGAGAACUUUAUGUAAAUAUCUUUGGUGGAAAUUAACAUUUGUUGUACAACGAGUUUUCCUUUGUCACUUGAAAUGAUGAUGAAAACGCGUUCAUGAUAACAGUGGUGAUGUGGACGAUGCUGAUUAUAACCGCUCUUCUUGAACAAGGGCUUUUUGAUGUCCGCUGUAUUUUUGUUCGAGGGCGUCGUGCAGUUGGGGGAGGGAAAAGGGAAGGAGUGCUACCUGACGCAUCCCAGGCCCACUGUAGCAACACUGCCACGUAGCUUUACUCCCACCUUGACACUUCCUGGAAAUAGAAUAUGGUACACAUUGCAGAGAAGCCUGAGUCACUAAUACACUCCGAUAUGUAUUUUUAUGAGAAGCGUGAAAAGGCAGCCGUUCUGCCCCCCCCCCCCCCCGUCUCUUUGGCGACGCCUUCCCCUGUCUUCUUAUGGGCUUUGGGAUUUACUGUAAUGCAAUUGUGUUAGACAGGAUUGACCCGACUCUCACACGGAUAAUGCCAUACUGAAUUUGGAGGCAGCUGAAGGCCAAAAGCAGGGGAGUGCCUGGCCCUGAAGAUUACUCGCAUGCUUGUGCUUCGGCCUCCUAUUCCUCUCAUUAAGCACAAUCGACACCACAAAAGGGGCCUGUAUCUUGGUGAAAUUUAAAAGAAAUCCCAGGAUUAGAGGUACCCAUAAACUGUAUACACACAAGUUGGAGGUUUGGAUAAGAAGAAGAUAAGAUUGACCAUUUAAAUACAGUGGAACCUCAACAUUUGAAUGCCCCUCAAGUAUAAAACUAUAACCAAACUUUUUGGGGAAAAGUUAAUUAGAAAUUAAUUGGCGGUUGAACCGUCGUUAAAUUUUAUCAGGGCAGUCUUUUGUGUGUGUGUGUGUGUGUGUGUGAUGAAAGAAGAUGGAUGGAUGGAUGGAUAGAGAGAUCAUCUCGUGAUUGGUCUGUUUUAGUCACAUGCUGUGAUGACAUACUCAGCUUUCCCCUUGGUUCCACAUACCAACGACUCUGCCGCCUUCUUGAUCGAUUUUGCAGCAUAAUUAAACGUAUCGUCUGCUCAUCUAGGUCCUUUUGUUCUAGAAGAAACUGUUCCACGGUCGCCAUAGUUGUUGCGUUGUUCCUUGUUCCGGAAAGGAAAGGAAAAACGGGUACCAGAAACUCCACCCUGUGGUGUCCUAGCCAACACCAGCCGUAGCGACACCCCCCGGCUUGGAGGGGAACUGCAGCACAUUUUCAAAACUGCGCGCGUGGGUUGCGCUUGAGCAUAAAGGCAAACUGCGCGCGGGAUUGCCGCAGUGACGUCAGCGCGAGUAUAAUGAAGCCUUAAAGAUCUCCUUAGGUAAAAGUUAAAAAGUACAAACUGAAAUGUACUUAAUACAAAAGUAGGAAUGAUUUUUUUCCUGUCACUUAUAUACAAUUCUGUAUCUGUUUGCCACACUGGGGAAAAAAGCUGCUCCCAAAAUAGUUUCCCUCUUUUAUUAACUUGCAUUGUACUAAAAAGAAAACAAUCACUGGACAAAGAUUUGCUGCAAACUAAAUUCUGACAGGAACUGAGAACAGGUCAUUCAUGAGCAAAACAAAAUAAUAUAACAAAAAUGCUUAAUCACGUAUCUAUAACAAAUGUGUAUGUGUUGUUGUUGUUUUUGUUCCCCCCCUCAGAUUAGACAGAGAAUUUUAAAUGCCAGAAGCUUGCGGUCUGUAGGCUGACACAUGAUACAUGAAUUAUUCUUGUAUCCAACAGUUAGAAAAAAAACAGGUUAAAUAAGGCAAUGGAUGGGCAAUAUUUUGAAUCUAUUUUCAAAUGUAGGAAGUAAAAGUAAAAAGUCAUCAGAAAAAUAAAUGCAGUACAGAUACCUGAAAAAUCUACUUGAGUACAAAUACUUCCCACCACUGGUAUUCCAAAUGUGAAUCAUGUUGUCCCUCUUUUAUAUGUUUUUUUUGUUUUGUUUUGUUUUUUUAAACUGAUUUUGACCAGAAUGGAUUAUGUUUGACCAUUAGGGUUCCACUGUAUCCGAAAUAUACCCUGGGCCUUUCUCCACAAAGCUGCAUGCCAAAUUUGAAAACCAAAUGCACAAUCUGGCUCAAGUUAUUUCCAUCCUUCUCUUUGUCCACUCUAUAUCCAUGCAGGGAUGGUCUCACAUUUCAUAUUUCAGACUGGCCCCACUACUACUCCCGCAGCCUGCAGGAAGGACAGUAGAUGCACUCCUGCCUCCAUUUGUAAUGCCAUCCCAUGGCGGGCAUCCCGUGGGUAAAACAGAAAACACUCGUUUAUCGAUGCUUUAAAAAUAAUCUUUUACUCCAGAUCCUCCAAAGCCUUAAGAGUCAAAAAGUUGGGACGUUGUGUUAAACAUGAAUAAAAACAAAAUACAAUGAUUUGCAAAUCAUGCUCAACCUAUAUUUAAUUGAAUACACUACAAAUACAAGAUAUUUAAUGUUCAAACUGAUAAACGUUAAGCAAAUAAUCAUGAACUUAGAGUUUUAUGGCUGCAACACGUUCCCAAAAAAGCUGGGACAGGUGGCAAAAAAGACUGAGAAAGUUGAGGAAUGCUCCUCAAACACCUGUUUGGAACAUCCCACAGGUGAACAGGCUCAUUGGGAACAGGUGGGUGGGUUUUUAUUUAUGUUUGACACAACGCCCUAACUUCAUUGGAAUUGGGGUUGUAAUUUGGCUAGACUUUGAGGAAUUUGGAUCCACUGUCAUCAGGUGGGGAAUUAGCGGGGUCUGAAAAUAAGACUAACUCGGGACUCGUUUGGGAUGUUGCGGCUAGCACUCCUGUUUCUUCGCCUUCCUGUCUGAACUUGCUCUGGCUUGCCUCCUCAACAAAGAGUGCUCAAACUUAAAUACACACAAUUGUGAUGUGUACAAUGUAAUUCCAUGUAUUUGCAUAUUUAUUUCUUUAUGUAUUUUUGCCAACUUUGUAAAGUGUAUAAACAUCUAUAAAUAUACGAACAAGAGAGUACUGUAUAGAUUUUAGCUGCCUGGUAAGGUUCCUCGUAUAUACAGUACUUGGUAGACUAAAAUAAGUGUAGAGCUGUUCAAAAGCCAGUUACUGAAAUUCUCUCAGUAACUCUGUGUGCCACUGGCGCCUUUUAUACAGUAUCUUAAGUUUUGGUUGUGCUUUUUUUUUUUUUUUUUUUUUUUAUAAAUUCGUGCCAGUGGAAACAAAAGUGUGUUGUUCUUAAUUUUGUCUCUUUAUUUGUCAGUUGGUUAUUCUGUUGCAUUUUUUUUCUCUCUCUCUUCUUUUCUUUAUAAGACACAGCGAGGUUCUGGCAGCCAGGAGAGUGCAGUGGAACGCAGACUGGGACCCAGUGCAUUAAUGUGUGUGCAUGUGUGUUUAGUGUGUGUUGGUCCACGCUAAUGCUCUCUGUGCAAAGCUCCCCUCCUCCCCUCCCUCCCUCUGAUGUGGCCCGGUGUGUGUUCGGGUGCAGGAUGACUGUGUUGGCUGAAGCUGGCAGAUACCCCCCAUGACCACUCAACUCCUUCAUUGCAAAGCUUCAUUUUAAUCCUCCACCAAGUAUAGAUUCCCACUUCCUCCACUCGAUUGUUCAUUUACUCUCCCAUUCAGAUGGUAAUGCAUACACCUCCAGAGUCUAAUUUAACAGUGAUCCAUGCUCCCUCGUCUAUCUGGGAUUCUGUGUCCAUUAGCGGCUCUUAUUCCUCACCUUAUUUUUUUUUUCUGCAGAGUUCUGUGGACCAGACAGGAAUCAAGCACAAAAAAAAGAAGGUAGAGGCUUGCACCUCCUCCCCAGGGCCGGACACAUAAAACUAGAGAGGCAGAGUCGCAGCCAAAACCGUGCAUGCACAACAUCCCCGAAUCGGAGCUAAACACAAUAUGGCCCGGCAAGGUCAGUCACAUUUAUUUAUGUACUGUUUAGCUACGAUGUGCUAAAACUUACAAGAAUACGGGUGAUAAUAUCAUAUAAUAACAACAACGUACAAAAUAGGACUUCCCUUUAAAAGUUAAAACUGGUCAAAUCAUACAGUGACCUCAGUGUAAGAGUUUUAACAAAAUCAAUUGCUAUUGCUAUUCUAAAGUGUGCCAACACAUUACCUAAAUAAUGACCCAACACUUGAAUUUGGUUUCAAAAUGACUCAAUAAUAAGUCAUUUAUGCUGUCAUUUCAUCUGUUUUUAAUGCCUUCAGAAAUAUAGUCAUGUAUCCGUUAUUGUAAAGUGGUACCCCAUAAGUAAGUGAUCAUCUCGUCUGCUUUGAUUCCAAAUGUAACCCAAAAUAUUUCAGACUGCAAUUUUAUUGUUGAUUUCACUUGCCAAACCUGUUCCAUCUUUAUUUUCACCAUUUCAAGCGUAACGUUUCACGUUAAAGUCUCUCACCAUCUUCCGUGACCAAUACCUGAAAAUAAGUACCGUAUUUUUCGGACCAUAAGUCGCAGUUUUUUUUCAUAGUUUGGCCGGGGGUGCGAUUUAUACUCCGGAGCGACUUAUAUGUGAAAUCAUUAACACAUUAUUAUGUAAUUUCACAUGUUAUUUUCACACUGACAACCGCAAGAGGGCGCUCUAAGCCUGUGUAUCUGUACCUGCUAAUUUUGUACCUCGGAAAAUUGAUAAUUUCAAGCGACGUAGAAGAAGAAGCGACGCAUCGUCUACCUCCGGAGUUGGCGGAGUUGUUUAGAAGUGAGACCGAGGAGGAAGAUUUCAUUGGAUUGAGUGAUUUGGAGUGACACUGAUUGUUUGGUAAACUUGUUAGCAUGUUCUUUAUGCUAUAGAUAUCCGAAAUAACUGUUAAUAUGUUACGUUAACAUAUCAGGCACGUUCUCAGUUCGUUGUUUUUGCGUCAUGUAACGUUAGCUGAAUGUGUUACGUUAGCAUACCGUACACCUAUUCAGCCUGCUGUUCUCUAUUCUAUUUUUAUUUGAAAUUGCCUUUCAAGAUGAAAUGUCUGUUCUUGGUGUAGGGUUUUAUCAAAUAAAUUUCCCCCCAAAAUGUGCGAUUUAUACUCCAGUGCGACAUAUAGUCCGGAAAAUACGGUAUGCAUAUUCCUAAGGGGACGGGUACAUUUUGACGCCUGGGCCACAUCCAUUCUUUACUUUGACCCACCAAGCAUUUACAUUAUCAAGAGUCCUUGCAUUGAAUUUGCUGUUUAUCUCAUUAAAUAUUUGGUACAUUUAUUUAUGGAAAUAAUAAAUAAAAUAACAAUAAACAAAAUAGUAAAUAUAUAACAGUAUAAUUUUAAAAUAGUACUAUUUAUUUUAAUAUUUUAUAUAUAUCCAUUCACAGUAUGACCCCUUAUCCUAUUCAGAGUCGCGGGGCACUGGAGCCUAUCCCAGCUGAGGGAUAUUAUAACAUUUGUAUUUGAUUUAAUGUGGUUCAUUAACUAUGAUUUUACUAUUACAACUAACAGACUGGUAGUGUAGUGAUUCAUGCACUUGCCUUUCAUGCUGAUGGUCGCAUCCGCCAUAAAAACGGCGCGUGACUUGGUGUGAUGACCACUGACAGGAAAAAGCUGAAAGUCACUUCUUCAUUUUACCGAUAAUAAAAUGAUAUAAUAUGUCAAGUAUUAUGUUAUUAUUUAGCUAAACAAGGUUUACAUACACAUUUUUACUUGUUUUUAUAAAUUAAUCUACGAAUGACCUGUUCCAUCUGUCCGUUUAAAAAAAAAAAAAAAAAAAAAAAGCAACGUGGCCCUAAAGCUGAUGAACAUACAUUCUUAUAAGUGGUCGUCCUUUUCUUUGACCUGCGAUGGAGGAGUUGUAAGGACGAAGGGCACCUGUCAGCGCAGCGAACUUCAAGUCUCAAGCAGCCAUAUUCAAAGGUCAAGCACAGGCCUGCUUGUCACCUCGUUUGUAGCAAGAGCCUGAGAAAAGCCUUAAAGAUGAGACCCACUCGCUAAUGAGCUACUUGUUGUGGACCAUUGCUACCCCUCUCUUGCACACUCUAUAUUUAUAACCAAGUGCUCUGAUGUGUUGCUUGGUUGCUGUGUACAUAUGUGUGUUGUGCUUCUGUUGACGUCUCUGUGUUAUUGUAGCAUCGGGUUCUUACUGGGCGACCUCCACAGACGUCCUCAGCCUCCUCGCACUUGAGUUUCACGCAGGAAAACGUCAGCCAUUUCAGCACAAGCCAUGAUUAUACCAAUAUGUAGAUGCUUAUUUAUGUUAUCCUUACACCACUCUGUUGCUUCAUAUCUGCCGUCAUGCUGACCUCACCCCAGGAGCAAAAGGGUGAGGAAGGCUUGGAGGUGGAGGAGCCCAGUGAGGCAGCAGAGUGGUUACUUGCCGUGUCCCUUCAUGGAUCAGGGGGUCAAAGUGAGGGCGUCUGAAGGUCACACCAAGUAGCACUUUGGUUUUGCGUUCCAUGUUUUAUUUCUUCAGCCUCUCCUGUUUUUUGGCCGAGCGGACUGUGAUCUUACUGGUGGUCGUUGUUUUCCUCCCAUCAGUGUUAGAGUGUGAUGAACGGAGCCAUGGAGCUGAGCUCUGAUUUUGUUCCAUAUUAAAGAAUCAUUUUUACUAUAUA